AUGCACAUGAGGACCAACUGCAGGUCCCACAGACAAGGCCUCUGCCUGAAGAUGGUCCAGCCAUUUGGACCGCUUCACUGCAGCACCAACCAAAAGCUGCAGCAAAGUCUGAGGGAGGAGAGAAGGAGGUCUCAUCAGCUGCACCAACAACUCAGAGACCAGAAAACUAUCACAGAGGAACUGGUUCAGCUCUAUUUGCACCGGGAGGAUGAACUCAACCUCAAGUGCCAGGAAUCUGUUGCCCUGCCGCAGGAGCAAAUAGCAAAGGAAAGCUUUCUUCAGGAGAGCAGAGACCGCGAGGUGCGCGUGGAUCAGCGCAUCAGGCAAAUGUGUCGGCAACUGAGUGAGAAGGAACCCCCACAAACUCAACUCCAAGACGAUGUGACUUUACUCAAACAAGCCGUCAACCAACUGCACCAACAACUCAGAGACCAGAAAACUAUUACAGAAGAACUGGUUCAGCUCUAUUUGCAGCGGGAGGAAGAACUCAACCUCAAGUGCCAGGAAUCUGUUGAAGGGGCCGCGGACCCCACUUUGGGAGACACUGUUCUAGAGCAGCUGGAGAGGAAGGUCAGGUUCAAAGAUCUCCAGGGCCUAGAGAAGAGAGUCCAAGCCCUGCAACAGGAGCUAAUUUCAAAGGAGGGCUUUCUUCAGGAGAGCAGAGACCGCGAGGUGCGUGUGGAUCAGCGCUUCCGGGAAAUGUGUCAGCAACUGUGUGAGAAAGAAAACUCACAAACGCAACUCCAAAACAAUGUGACUUCACUCAAACAAGCCGUCAACCAGCUCCAUCUACAUCUGAAGGACCAACAGGAUCAGUGUCAGCAGAACGAGGCCAGACUGAAGGACCAGUAUGAGCAGAAUGAAGCCAGACUGAAGGACAAGUAUGAGCAGAAUGAAGCCAGACUGAAGGACAAGUAUGAGCAGAAUGAAGCAAGACUGAGGGACGAGUGUCAGCAAAUCGAUGCCAGACUAAAAAAAAAGGAAGAGUACAUUCGCCUCCUUAAGAGAGACAUGACCGAGCGCGAGAACUUGUUCCGGAGCCAAUUCCUUCUGCACAAUAAAAAGGUGGAGAAGCAAAGAGUUGAGUGCGGUGACCCCCGGGUUCAGCUGCAACAAGAGCAGCAACUCACAUUAAACCUCAAGGGGGAGCUACAUGGACUAAGAGAGGCAGAACGGUCUGAGCAACACAAAACCCCCCGCCUCCUCCUAAAGUGGCUCCAUGGAGGCGACUGCUCGGCAGCCUCUCUCACACAUUCUGUCAGUGUUGCCGUUAAACCCCUGCCUUAG